CAGGGCAGGCGCGAGCCGGCCCCGGAGCCUGGCUUCGGACCGCCCCCUCCGCGCCCGGCACGCCCGGCGCCGCCUUCCGCCUGGUCCCAGUCUCCGGACUCGGCCUCGGCCAGGUGUGACUCGCGGCGCGGCGGGCCCCGCAAGCUCUCGGCGAGCACGGCGCGGUAACAAGUGGGCGAGGAUGCCGUACGAGAUCAAGAAGGUGUUCGCCAGCCUCCCCCAGGUGGAGAGGGGCGUUUCCAAAAUCCUCGGCGGCGACCCUAAGGGCAACAAUUUUCUGUACACCAAUGGCAAGUGUGUCAUCCUGAGGAACAUCGACAACCCAGCUGUUGCGGACAUCUACACAGAGCACGCCCACCAGGUUGUGGUGGCUAAGUACGCACCCAGUGGCUUCUACAUCGCCUCUGGAGAUGUCUCUGGGAAAUUGAGGAUCUGGGAUACCACACAGAAGGAACACCUCCUCAAGUAUGAGUACCAGCCUUUUGCCGGGAAGAUCAAGGACAUUGCUUGGACUGAAGACAGUAAGAGGAUCGCCGUGGUCGGGGAAGGAAGGGAGAAGUUUGGCGCAGUCUUCCUGUGGGACAGUGGCUCUUCCGUGGGUGAGAUCACAGGACACAACAAAGUUAUCAACAGCGUGGACAUCAAGCAGAGCAGGCCAUACAGGCUGGUGACAGGGAGUGAUGACAACUGUGCUGCAUUCUUUGAGGGACCCCCGUUCAAGUUCAAGUUUACAAUUGGUGACCACAGCCGCUUUGUCAACUGUGUGCGAUUCUCUCCUGAUGGGAACAGAUUUGCCACAGCCAGUGCUGAUGGCCAGAUAUACAUUUAUGACGGGAAGACAGGAGAAAAAGUGUGUGCGCUUGGAGAAGGCAAGGCCCACGAGGGAGGAAUUUAUGCUAUUAGUUGGAGCCCUGAUAGCACCCAUUUGCUUUCUGCCUCUGGAGACAAAACCUCUAAGAUUUGGGAUGUCGGCGUGAACUCUGUUGUCAGCACAUUUCCCAUGGGCUCCAGUGUUCUGGACCAGCAGCUGGGCUGCCUGUGGCAGAAGGACCACCUGCUCAGCAUCUCGUUGUCUGGGUACAUCAAUUACCUGGACAAGAACAACCCCAGCAAGCCCCUGCGGGUCAUCAAGGGCCACAGUAAGUCAAUCCAGUGUCUGACGGUGCACAAAAACGGCGGCAAGUCCUACAUCUACUCUGGGAGCCACGAUGGGCACAUUAAUUAUUGGGAUUCAGAGACAGGGGAAAAUGACUCCUUUUCUGGAAAAGGCCACACGAAUCAGGUGUCCAGGAUGACUGUGGACGAGUCUGGGCAGCUCGUCAGCUGCAGCAUGGAUGACACUGUGCGCUAUACCAACCUCAUGCUGAGGGACUACAGUGGACAAGGAGUUGUGAAACUGGAUGUUCAACCAAAGUGCGUAGCCGUCGGCCCUGGGGGAUAUGCUGUGGUUGUGUGCAUCGGGCAGAUUGUCCUGCUGAAGGACCAGAAGAAGUGUUUCAGCAUUGACAGUCCUGGCUACGAGCCGGAAGUCGUGGCAGUGCACCCUGCUGGGGACACAGUGGCUGUCGGAGGCACGGAUGGCAAUGUCCGUGUGUACUCAAUCCUGGGCAGCACACUGAAGGAUGAGGGCAAGCUCCUGGAGGCCAAGGGCCCUGUGACAGACGUGGCCUAUUCCCAUGAUGGCGCCUUCCUCGCCGUGUGUGAUGCCAGUAAGGUGGUCACCGUGUUCAGCGUUGCUGAUGGCUAUUCGGAGAACAACGUUUUUUAUGGACACCAUGCAAAAAUCGUCUGCCUGGCCUGGUCACCAGACAACGAGCACUUUGCCUCUGGUGGCAUGGACAUGAUGGUGUACGUCUGGACCCUGAGUGACCCAGAAACCAGAGUCAAGAUUCAAGAUGCACACCGGCUACACCAUGUCAGCAGCCUGGCCUGGCUAGACGAGCACACGCUGGUCACCACCUCCCACGACGCCUCUGUCAAGGAGUGGACAAUCACCUACUGAGGACGCCCUCCCCACCCAUGGACCGAAUCAGGGACUAGUGUUUAACCGCAGCGGAGCAUAUUCUCUUAACUGUUUCUGUAACGCGCCCCUCGCCCCCCGCCGCCCAGGAGGGAAGAGGGCCUGGGUGGCCACCUGCGUCCCUGCAGGGUGCUCGUGUCUGUACGCGUCCUUCUGAAAGCUUUAGACAGUAGCAGUUUGCACAUGAAAAAUAAAGUGAGCACUUAAACAGCGUGUGGAGCGUAACUAAAACCCACAGCCCAACCAGAGCUUGAGAACGCGGAACAUUCCAGAGGCAACAGCCUCCAAAGCACAGAGACCCAGCCCAUGACUCUUGCUGUCCCACGGGAGCUUGGGAGCUUGGAUAGGGAGUGAGUGGGCUCCCCCUUUCCUCCUGCACAGGGAGGGAAGAAGGGACGAGCAUUGCAGCCGACAGGCUGUGUUCUGAGGAGCCGAUGUCUGUCUCCCCUGUGGUGUGUUGCCACAGGGCUGCCUCCAGGAACCGCCCCCAGAUCACACAGGGGCACAUAUUAACCCUGGAUGUAUUUCUUUUGUCGAUUUUGUGCUUGCUUUUAAGAAUGGAAUUGUGGGAUUUUUUUUUUUAUUUAAACGUAUCUUGACUGUUGUCUGUCAUGUUCCCGAGCUAGCGGCUACAGCACCAGGUCCAGGCGUUCAGAGCCCUUAUUAGCCAGAUUAAGAUGUCCUGGUCACCACCAUCGUCACACUUCAAUGUUCUUGUCUCCCUGCCCCUCUGCCACAGGAGCAAAGGUUAAUUUAACAGCAAAGUUGAAGUCACUGUUACCUAAUUGUCAUCGUUUUACCUUUUUUUUUUUUUUCAGUGCAGAAAUUAAAAGUAAGUAUAAAGCACCAUGAUUUGGAGUCUUUUGCGUGUGUCGGAAUCACUGGUAAAUGUUGGCUGAGAACAAUCCCCGCCUUGCACUUGUGAAAAACACUUGGAGCGCUUUAAGACAUUAGCCUGAGAAAUAAUUAAAUAUCUUUUCUCUUCA